CUUUGGUUUUUUGAGUUUUAGUUGUUACUGUGCUUUUCCUUUUGAUUCAAGUUCUUCUGCUGUGAUUUUUUUUGUAACUUUAGAGUUGAAUCUUGGUAUUUGUUGCUCUUGCUAGUUUUUGAGAGGAGAUAAAGUUUUGUGAUUCUGUAAUAGUUAUGCUUUUUAGGUUUGAGAGCUUAAGUUUUUAUGCUGCUUUUAGGUAUGAAAAUUGUUGUUUGCACGUGGUGGUAGGUUGUUUUCAUUAAGCCAAAACUCAAAAGCCAUGAUGAUGAGAUUUUAGUUGAAACUCAAACUUAAGAGUUAGUUCUCGAUAGGGCUUUCAAGGAAAUUCAAUUCUUGACUACUGUUAUACUUCUUUAAUUUUGAAAAAAGUAAAUGAAGUUUAGUCAUUUCGUUAAUUAUUUUUAGUGCAGAAUGGAAUGAGUGUUGGUGGAUUAUACAGGUCCUUUUAUGGAAUUGUGCAGGAUCGUGUUACUUCAGUGGCAGUUUUUUCUUUUGGUGGCUUCUAUUUCUUUGAAACUUUGUGAUCAUUGUGGAAUUUGAAUGCUGUAGUUUGAAAUUAAGAAGUGGUGUUUGACUAGCCGUUCAAAUCUGAGAACCAUUAUGAUCCUAGAUAAUGUUGAGGGAUAUUUGAAGUUGUCUUAUUACUCAGUUCUACUCUAUCUUCGAAAUGCUUAUUCAGAACUGGGCUAGAGUAAGUUUGCAAAGCCAUAGUUCUCUUGCGUAGUCUUUGAGUUGAACUACAGAAAAGAUGGAUACUUUACCUAGUACUUCUGAAAUUAUUGAAUCUGCUGAUGAGUUAGAUGCUGAACUGAAAAUGGGAGAGCAUGCUAAGAACCACUGUAUUCCAAGAUCAGGAAAUAAAAAUUCCAUCGAGGACGAUAUUAACCGUCUGUUUGAAGCAAUCGAUAUUAGGACAUCUUCUAGGGUUUCUGGUUUCUCAAGUGAAAUUGGAAGAGAUGCUUUACGAAAGAGUGCAAUGAAAAGACCAGUUAAAGUUGGUUCUUCUCAAGCUUCUGGGAUUGGAAUUUCUGAACCUGUGAGCUUGAAGCAGGCACUUAGAGGAUUGUGCAUCUCCCAAGCAUCGGAGAUGGCUGCUAUGAAGAAGCGAUUAUCAAAGCCAGCAGGUUCUUCAGGGGUCUCAGAAGCGGGAACCAUCAAAAGGUUGUACAGGGCAAUAGUAGUUGAAGCAAAUGGAUCUGGUAUUCCCCUAAAUGAAGGUAAAGGGAAUUUAGUGGAAAUCUCCCUUAUUCCGGAAAAGAUUAAAUCAAAUUCUUCGUACAAGGUGCCUGAAUUAUUGCAAGUGCCAAAUAAGGAGGUUUUCAACCAAAAUUCCAGUCCUUCAGAUAAUGCAAUGACAGAAAAGGCAAUAAUCACCAGAUCACCAUCCCCAGAUCAUAUUGUUCCUCUGGUCACAGGGUCUGACAGUGAAGUAUCAAAAGCAGAACUUAAAAAACUAAAUUCUAUAUAUUCUUCCUCUGUUAAUUAUGCUGCUGAGGAAGCCUUGGAGACAGGUUGUUCCUCAAUCCAGGUUAGUGUUGAAAUUCCUGUGCCUGGUAAGGAGCCAAAGGGUAAGUUGCAUGCUGAAUCUUCUCUGUCUGUUUCCAGUGCUGCUGGUAAGGUGAAAUCUAUUUGUGAAGCUCCAUGUUUAAUCAAGCCAGUCUUUAGGAACAAGAGCUUUAUAAGGAAGAAACCAAAGCAUGAAUCAACUUCUGCUGUGAGCAGUUCCAAUUCCUGUAAUGGAUGUCUCAGCGAUGAUCUUGGCCCUAGUACUAGUUAUUCAGGUAAUCGAACUGAGACACAUGCUCCAGGCAAUGGAAGAAAGGAAAGUAUGAAAGUUUCUCCAGUUUCCAGUAGUACAAAUCGCAGCAUUGAAGUUAACUCAAGCAUGGCAGGAACAAGUUUCAAAUCAACUUUGAGUUCAAACUGUAAUAACAAAUCCAAAGCCCAGUUGACCAAAGAUGAUGACAGAUCAAGAUCAAGGGAAAAGAGAGAGUUUUCCCAGAGCUCUAAAAGUAGCAUUGGGGAGUAUAGUAAUAGCACGACCACUAGUGAAGAAAGCAAUAUCAGUGGGUCUAGUGGGAGUGGUAGCAGACCUCACAUGUCAAAAGAUUUGAGGUGGGAUGCUAUUCACUCUGUUCAGAAGCAGCAUGGAAGCUUGAGUUUGAGGCACUUCAAGCUCCUCAAGAAGCUUGGUUGUGGGGACAUUGGGACCAUUUAUCUUGCAGAGCUAAUUGGUAAAAACUGCUUAUUUGCUUUAAAAGUGAUGGACAAUGAUUUUUUGUUGAGCCACAAGAAGAUGCCUAGGGCACAAACAGAAAAGGAGAUAAUGCAAAUGCUUGAUCAUCCUUUUCUUCCCACGCUAUAUGCCUAUUUUGCAACGGAAAAACUUUCUUGCUUGGUUAUGGAAUAUUGUCCAGGUGAAGAUUUGCAUGUGUUACGACAGAAGCAACCUGGAAGGAGUUUCUCUGAACAAGCAGGAAGGUUUUAUGUUGCUGAAGUCCUCCUUGCAUUGGAGUACUUACACAUGCUUGGUGUUGUAUAUCGAGAUCUGAAACCAGAAAAUAUCUUGGUUAGAGAAGAUGGUCACAUCAUGCUCACAAAUUUUGACUUUUCACUCAGAUGUGCUGUUAAUCCAGUGCUGCUUAAAUCCGCUUCACCUGUUGUUGAGCCUGCAGAGAAGAUGUCAAGUCCAUGCUCUGAAUCCAGCUGUAUUGAGCCUUUCUGCCUCAAUCCUUCCUUUCAAGUCCCAUGCUUCACCCCUAGGCUUCUAUCUCUUGCUUCCAAAUCGAGGAGGAUAAAGACUGAUUUAGCUACUCAGGUUAGCCCCAUGCCACAGCUUGUAGUGGAGCCAACCAGUGCCCGGUCAAACUCAUUUGUUGGAACACAUGAAUACCUUGCUCCAGAAAUCAUCAAGGGUGAGGGUCAUGGGAAUGCUGUUGAUUGGUGGACAUUUGGAAUCUUUCUGUUUGAACUUUUGUAUGGUAAAACUCCCUUCAAGGGUUUAGGAAAUGAUGAAACGCUAUCCAAUGUGGUGUCACGUAGCCUCAGGUUUCCUAGUAGCCCGAUAGUUAGUUUUCAAGCAAGAGAUUUGAUGAAAGGGCUUUUAGUUAAGGAACCUCAGAAUCGAUUAGGAUCUGUAAAAGGAGCUGCAGAGAUCAAACGGCAUCCUUUUUUUGAAGGCCUAAAUUGGGCUCUGAUACGUUGUGCAACACCACCUGAGAUGCCAGGGUUCUGCGGCACUGGUAUCUAUGCACCAACUUCAGCUAGGCAGAAAAAGGACAGCUCCAAAGGCGAAGAACUGCUGGGCAUAGAAGACAAUAUGGAGUUUGACAUGUUUCAGCCAGGGUUUAUCUGACGUGGGAAGGGAAGAUGUUUCGGUUUUCUUUUUAACAGCGAGGUUUCUGAUCCUGUUGUAACUGAUAUAUAUAUAUAUAUAUAUAUAUGUAUGUAUGUAUAUAUGUAUGCAUGUAUGUAUAUAGCAUAUAGUGUAAAUUUAAUUCAGAAAAUUGGCGACAGGUUAUUACUAUGAUAGAAAUAUACGGUAGAGCUAGGUAAGCCGUCAAAAAGUACAGCACCAUCUUGAUUUUCACAGCAAUCAUUCAAGCCUGUGAGCCCCACUGUUUCAAACUGAAUGCUGUUGGAAAUCAGUAUUUACAUAAAUACAUCCAUUUCUCAGGUCCUGCCUGUUUGAUUUACUUGAA